AUGGUGACAGACGUUUCAAUGUGUACAGCGACAUUAAUAUCAACAAAGGCGAUCAUCACAGCUGGUCAUUGUGUAUGUGGACCGACAGCAAUCAACAGGGUCUCCUUCCAGACACUGAGUGAUUUCGACAAACGUUCCGUGAAUUACCAAGUGGCAUCGAUUGAAAUUCCACCAGAAUAUGAUCCUGUAUGUCAGCUGAAACGAGCAAGACGACGUACACAACAGUCAUUCGGUGGUUAUGAUAUGGCAAUUUUAACAUUAUCCGAAAUGGUUGAUAUGUCUACUGGAAUUAAAGUCAUUAGUUUGCCUACUGGAUCAGAUAUUCCUGUACCGAAUUCUCUGGUUUAUAUUUUGGGAUAUGGUUUAGAUUCGAAGGCAACGGAUGACACACGAGUCUACGGUGGUGUAUUGAAGAAAGGUCGUGCCACUGUAAUGGAAUGUUUACACAGAACCGUUGGAAAUCCAAUCUGUAUCCGACCUGGUCCUGAUACAGCACAGAUUGCUGGUCCAGGUGACAGUGGUGGACCACUCCUGCUAACGCCUCAAGGACCGAUUAUUGGUGUCGCUUCGAGUGGAGUAUAUCUGCCAGCUAUUAAGGAUUUAUCUGUAGAAUAUGCGAGUAUCAGUAGAUCGCUUGAAUUCAUUAUGUCUAAUAUUUGA